AUGGGUGGAAGAAAGAGAGUCGCUAUUGUUGGAGCAGGCCUCUCUGGUCUGGCGGCCAUCAAGUCGUGUCUGGAAGAAGGGAUGGAACCUGUGUGUUUUGAACAAUAUGACGACAUUGGCGGUGUGUGGUACUACACCAAAGAAUACAGAGAAGGACAGGGCGCAAGAGCCUUCGAUUAUCUGAACACCAACGUCAGCAGGGAAAUGUAUGGGUUCAGUGACUUCCCUUACCCCUCCAACCUUCCGCCAUUCCUGAACCGCACCAUGGUCUACGACUACGUUCAGAGUUACUGCGAGACGUUUGGUCUUCGCAAACACAUUCACCUCCGAACCAGAAUCGUCAACAUAAAGAAGGCUGCUGACUACAACGUCACGGGAAGAUGGCAGGUGGAGACAAUGGAUGCCCAGAAGAAGACGAAAACGGAAAUCUAUGACUUUGUGAUGAUCUGUUCUGGCUUCUACAAGAAGCCCCGAAUUCCUCCUAUUGAAGGAAUGGAGACAUUCAAAGGGACCCUUGAACACACAUACAAGUUCAGAGAUGGUUUGCCCUACAAGGACAAGAAUGUUCUUGUCAUUGGGAACUCCCAUUCAUCCGGGGAUGUGUCAGUGGAGUCUUCCUGUUAUGCAAAACAGGUGUAUUACAGUGUAGGGGACGGAAUGCUCUUGUUGCCAUUGUGUGUCAGAAACGGACAACCGUGGGACAUAGCUGUCUUCAGACGGUCCAAGAUGUGGAAUCCAACGAAAUUCUUCAAGCUGUUGGUCGACACAUGCAAUGAGCGUCUUGAUCACAACAAGGCGGGCAUCGCCCCCUCAACUCCCCCAUCAAGGACCAGAGUAAUGCUCAACGAUAGAGUUCAGUAUAAAAUCAUGAACGGACGGAUUAAAGUUGUCAGUAGACUUAUCCGUCUUGGACCCCACGAAGCCGAAUUCGAUGACGGCACUGUCCUGAAGAACUUGGACGCCGUUUUGUUUGCAACUGGAUACGAUUUUUCAGUAGACUUUAUGGAUGAGCCAUUUCAAGGAAAGGAUCGAAAGCUGGGUCUGUACAAGAUGAUGUUCCCCCUACAUCAGCACCACACGCUGUCUGUUGUGGGUUGUGUGGACUCCGAUGGAUCGAUUCCAGCAUUGGCGGAGCUGCAGGGCCGAUUCGUUGCACUGGUGUAUACCGGCAAGCUUCGCCUGCCUUCACUGAAAGUCAUGACUGAGGUGACGGAGAAGAUGAAUGCAGAUAUCUUCGAAAAAUAUGGACGCUACAAAUAUCUGGUUAGUAAAACACCUGGCAAAUGUACCACUAACCCUCUGUCUUAUAGAACGACAUUAUUCCUAAUACAGUCGAUGCAUGACUUCCUAUCCAUCCAAAGAAAGCAUUUGAGACAAAUACCCAACCUUCCUUAUCGAGACGACAUUGCAAAGCAGAUGGGCGUUGCCCCCUCCUUGUUUGACUUGAUCAAGGCAGGUCCAAGACUCGCCUACCAAUACUACUACGGACCUGCCUUCCCAUACCACCAUCGACUGUGGGGGCCGCAUUCCUGGAGCGGAGCCAGAGAAGCGAUCGACAAUGCCACAGAACACGGGCACUAUGGCAAGCAAAUGCGACAUGUCCAAGGGCCGGACAUUCCUGCAACAAACCGCUUCCUCAGAUUCAUAAUUGUUUCUGCAAUGAUUGCCAUGUUGGCUUUGGCCUAUCAGAAGAGGGAAUGUUUCUGGUUGUCAGGGUGA